UUGGAGUGAGCGUGUAGAGUUCAGCUUCAGCGGGGGAUGAGCUUCACUUUAAUGCGGCUACACUAGACAGAAGGAAGCAGGAUACAGGUUGCAGAUCGCUCGAGGAAAGGUGAGACAGAAAGCCGGGAGAACAUGACGACUCGUUCGGAGAGGGAGAAAGCGCUGAAGCUGAAUGAGCAGCAUCAGGCCAUCCUGUCCAGAAUGCUGCGGGAGGACGACAACAAGUACUGCGCCGACUGCGAGGCUAAAGGACCUCGAUGGGCCUCCUGGAACCUCGGUGUGUUCAUCUGCAUCAGGUGUGCUGGAAUUCACCGGAAUCUAGGAGUGCACAUAUCACGUGUCAAAUCGGUCAACCUGGACCAAUGGACCCCCGAGCAAAUUCAGAGUGUGCAGAGCAUGGGCAACACCAAUGCCAGGAAGGUGUAUGAAGCCAACCUGCCAGACAACUUCAGACGGCCACAAACUGACCAAGCUGUGGAGUUCUUCAUCAGGGACAAGUACGAGAAAAAGAAGUACUACGACAAAAACGUAUCAGCUGACUCAGUGAAGUCUUCUGAUGCCGCUUUGCCCUCUGCAUCUUCUCCCUCUUCACAAGGAGCUGAGAAAACCAAGCUGGAGAGGGAGAAAAAGAGAGAAGAGGAAACGGAUAAAGGGAACAAACCCACAGCAUUUGACAAGAAGCGGGAGGAGGUUCAGAUAGAAUCCAGAUCCAGCCCUAAGAAGAGUGUCGAGCCUGCCAUCGACCUGCUAGGCCUGGAUGCUCCUGCAGUCAGCACAGCCGUCAGUGGGCCUGGAUCCGGAAAUGUAGCUCCCAUAAGUGAUGAGUUAGACAUUUUUGGACCAAUGGUAUCCAACCCUCUGCCUUCAAGCACCAACACAAACCAGGUCAACACCAGCAAGGCAGCUGGGAGCACAGCACCGGGCUCUGGUGCGGUCACUAAUACAGGCUCCGCGGGCGCAGCAGGAGCCGCUCCAGCCCAGCAGGACCUGGACCUGUUUAGCGAGAACAGCAGCAGCAAAGCAGAUGACUCCACCAAGAAGCCCCUCUCCAAGGACUCCAUUCUCUCCCUGUAUGGUUCCAGUUCAGUCCCACAGCAACCUGCACAAGCUGCGAUGUACAUUGGUACGUCUCAGAUGCAGUUUCCUGCUCAGCCCCAAGGUAACUUCCAAGCUUUUCCAGCCAUGGGCGGGCCCAUGCCACCAACCACCAUGAUGGGAGCAGUAAUGGGCCAGGGUGGAGCUAUGAUGGGCCAGAAUACUGGGAUGAUGGUUGGCAUGACGAUGCCGAAUGGCUUUAUGGGAAAUGCCCAGGCUGGUGUAAUGGGCCUUGCACCAGGCAUGAUGGGAGCUCAAGCCGGAGCGAUGCCAGCAGGUGUUGUGCCUGCGCAGAACAUGUAUGCCAUGCAGCCUGGCCAGCAGACCCAGUGGAGCAUGGGACAGGUGAACCAGCAGAUGUCUGGUCUGAACCUGAACGGCGCUCCCAUGGCUUUCGGCCAGCCGGGGACCACUAUGGGGGGCUGGGUGGGACCUCCUGCUGGUCAGACCCUCAGUACCCAGCUCUGGAAGUAAGUGAGUAAGCAAGCAAGCAAGGGAGGUUGAAGGUGGAGGACAAUAAAGGGUGAAGGAUCCCUCUAUCCUUUCGUCUUCUCUUCCUUGACCAGCCGCCAGAGCACACGGAGAGUUUUAUUCAUGUACUGCUCUUAUUUUCCCCUUCCUCUUUUUUCCAACGUUACUACUCUGUUACUGGAGAGUGUUCGCUCGCUCUGCCACUUUGUAUCAUUCGAGUGCUCGAGAGUGUGAAGAGUUAAGGAGACCGGCAGCUUUGUCCGUCUACUUUGCAGUUUUGUUUUUCUUCCUCUACUUCUACUAUAUAUAUAUUUUUGGGUUAAGAAAAAAAUACAUAUCAGCAAGAAAGCUGCUGGACCAAUUAUACAAGCGUCUAAUAUAUCAUUACAAAAAUCAAUAGUGAAAAAUAGUAUUUAAAUGGCAGAGAAAUGGCUAUCAUGUUCGUGACCCCUUCCUUUUUCCAUGCUGACCACUGUAUAUGCCCCCUGUAUCCCAGAGUCCCGUAGCAGCUAUUGUACGAACAGAUGUACUGUAUGUAAGCAUAAGAUAGAAGCCGUAACCCCCUUUCUUCCCAUUCCUGUAGGAAACCGUGAUAACCUCAGCUCAUCACCCCUUCAUCUUUUAAUGUGAUGUUUUAAUGUGUGCGAUACAAACAAGCACAGUUAGCAACUAUUAAAUAAACCUGGAUGACUCAACUGUCGGGCCAAUCAGAGAAACAGGGCUGGAUUACUGACUGACCGUUUGGGAACAAAUCAAUAUGUGCAGUGUCCACAAGAAAUGUGUAUUGGAUAUUUGAACAUGCAGGGUUGGGGGUGGGGGGUUGAACAAACAGAAGCGUUUUGAUACAGAUUUGUGGUGACUGAGGCAGAAUCAGUCGACUCAGACUGGCUUCGUCUGCCGUGCAAUAACGUGCUCAUCCACACCUCGUCAUCCAGGUUUAUUUCUAUGAUGUGUUUACAUUUUUCUGGUGCCUAGUACAGAGGAAUUCAAAUGUUAUUUACGUGAAUUAAACAGUGAGUAGCCAUGAA